CAGCAAUAGACAUAGAGCAGAUGCAGAUGAGGAAAAUCAGCAGCAUCCCGGCGGGGAACAGCAGCGACAGAAACAGACACAGGAUGAUGAAAAUGAAAAUACGAAUAAACCGUCGACCUUUGUACAACGACUUCUACCAUGCAGCUUUGUCGAGCCAAACAGGAGGGGAAUGAGAAUGAAGCAAAACGAACAAGAUAGAACUAAACCUGGUGCGACUUCAGACAUUUCUCAUUCAUCCCGUCGUGCAGAGGAAGCAGAAGAGCACGCGGACUUUGUUUCGACUUCCGCGAAGAUGGAAGCAGAGCAUGCGGAAAAAUUGUCGUCGGUGUGGAUCGACGUUCUUUUUCCAACAGAACUUCUGCAAGAACCGAGCAUGGGAAAGAAAAAAGCGGCUUCAAGAACUGCUUUUCGUGAAAUUGAAACGUCUUCUGCUUCUUCUUUUACGUGCGACUUCGCGGAUGCGACAGCUACAACCUCAACAUCAAGUACUGACUUAGUACUCAGUAGUGAUACUUCUACCUCCUCGUGCAGGGACGUCGAGACGCAAGAAAUAGAAAAUCAAAACGAUGGUCGACGCACCUCGAAUACUCCACUUCUCGCCCUGAAGAUUCUGCACCAGGCUACCUACUACCGCAGACAGUUGGAAAAAGCGAAGGGCAAACUGGAUAAACUCUUUCCCAUAGUCCUGCAAGACGAGUGGGAUGCGAUUUUGGACAUUUGGAACCUAAUCCGCGAGAAGAAAGGCCUCUACUACACAAAGAACAGCACCGGUUCUGGUGGUUCUCGUCAAGAGGCUGGAGAACCUACAAGGGGCACCACGAACAAGAGCAAGGCUAAAGACAGGGAAGACACAAUGGAUCCCACUGCAACGUCCUGCCAGUUGUCGACUUCACUUGCCCGGUUGGAACAGCAGCUCACCUCGAUGUCUCGCUUUCAAAUUUCGAAUCGCUUGCGCUCGGAACUCUUCGCCAUGCUGGGCUUUUUCGACAACGCAGCACUCUAUGAUUUUAAUCACAGCCCAGGCGCGGCCGCGUUCUAUCCGGUAGCUUUUUUCCGUGCUAUGGCGUUCUCAAACGUUACAUUCUGAACUGUUACAUGAAUUGGUGAUGCAAGAAUGGCAAAACUACAAGGGGGAAGAUUGCGCCUUUUGCAUUACAGAUUUGGCACAGAUUUCCAGCCUAUUUGGCGGCCCUUCGGGAAUUUGUCAUGCGAAGCAGGUUGAUCGUGUCGAGGCUGAUUGGAAUUUUGCAUGACAAAUCAUGUAACACUUGAGAAUGUAACACUUGAGAACGCCAUACGUGCGUUUUUCGACUUCGAGGCGGCGGAAGUGCUCUUCUCGCUCGGCCACAAACUCACCUGGUUUCUUAUGGAAGUGUCAGAAUCGAAAUUGACAAAGUCGAAAAAUUUGUGAUGCACAAAAUCGAUGUCAGUAGGAGCCUCAGUCUCCAAGUGGCGCGUGACAAACUUCGGAAGCACCCAAAUCCAGUCUGUCUUGCUGUUUGGGCAAAGAAGACUCCUCCUGUCAUGCUACUCUGCCAGCACAUUUUAUACCCCUAAACAGGCUUACGAUCGGUCUCAUUUGCCUGCUUCCCAGUACAGGCGCUCAGUGCCCUACAUGUUAUGCAUCACGUAUUUUUCGAUUUUGUCGAUUUCGAUCCCGACACAUCCAUAUUUCUCUUCGCCGGGCCCUUCGCGCGGACCGUGUUUGAGCCGCUAGUGCGUGCGUUAUCCUGAGAAAAAAGUGUUACAGUUACACAUUGUGUUGCAGGCCAAGCAAGGCAGACGAGCUCUGUCAUGCCGGAUAUGCAUUGGAGCCUCGUUUCAUAGGUGUUUUCCCGUAGGAUUUCUGCAUUACAAGUUUUCUCUCUCAUGCUGAGAAAUUUGUGUUGCUGAAUUGACAACAAAUGUGUAACUGUAACACUUUUUUCUUGCGAUAUGCGUUCAACGAGGGACAGUACGAGGUCUUAGAGGUCAAGAAGUCCGGUUUUUUUCCUUCCUCGUCUGUAUGCAUUGCAAAGAUGUCUGGGUCUGGAAACUUGUGAUGCUAAAAUGUGGAUGAUGGAAACACUUUCGAAUGCAGCCCAGCGUGACAACUUUCCAGAACGCUUUCUCAUAGGCAGCCCGCAUGAGAAGCUGCGUUUUUGCAUGUGCAAAAGAGGCCGCGACUUUUGUUGGUUAUGCAAUACAGUAUGGCGGCGUCAACAAUCUCACCACUAUAGUAUAUCAAAAAAAGUUUCAUAUCGUAUUUAUGUAUCUGAAAGCACCUAUUUUGAGCUACCACUUUAAAAUAGAUAUGCAACAGUAGCGACUUUGAGCUAGCUGCCUUGAGCUAGCUAAUUCUUCCUCCUCUUUGCACACACGCAAGCCUCAAAAAGCGCGCUUUUUCUGCUAUCCUUCCAAAUUUAGCACCGAUGCUAGUGAGCUUCGAGCCUAGUUUUUUUCGAUAAUGUACUCACUUUUUGGAGGACGUCCCCCGAGGUCGUCAAUCUCAGUUCAAAAAGUGCUCACUUGAGCACAACAAAUCCUGGCCAUUUUGGAGAAGCGUGGGAAAACGUGGCGCGCCAAGAGAUGAAAUAGAAACGAUAUAUUUUUUUUUUGAUAUAGUAUAGUGGUGAGAUUGUUGACGCCGCCAUAUACAGAUUUCCUAGGUAUGGAAAGCUAGCAUUACAAAUUCAAACUUUCCAGACCCAGACAUAUUUGCAUUUGAUAGUCCGCGAUCCUAUUUUAUUUCAUACUUCUCGUUUCAGUUUUAGCUUAUCCAAGUCGAGGGUAUUGGCGCCCGUGCCUGCUCCGGAUUUUGUGGCGCUCUUGUUCCUCAAAAAUAAAGCGUGACGCUGUGCUGAAAAAGUAUGCGAAAGCUGCAAGGUUUUUUUUUGGCGACAGAGUGACGGAAGACCUGGAGACUGUAGAGCUAGAAAUGACGAGGAAGACAAAAGGUAAUCAACAUGAAAAUAAGAGUGCAAGCGUGACUACAAAAAAACCUUCCUCAAUAAAUACACACAAGGCUUCUAAAGUGAUGCGAAGUAGGAAUUUCACUCGAAGCAGUGGCCGUGCUACUAGCGCUGAUAUCAGAAGUACAAGUCCAGCAAGCCGUAAGACUCAGAAAAAUAAGCCUAUACCAAAAAAGACAUCUGUCGUUCCUCGAUCUUAAGCUCACCGCGCUGGCGCCCGUGCAUUUGGUACUAGUAUGUGACUGCUGGCGCUGUUGGCCCGGAAACUGAGCCAUGAACAAAGUCUCAUCUGACUCUGGAGUUUGACCCUGACGUUGUGGUUACGUUUUGUGUUCCGUGCAAAAAAAUAGCUGCUCUUCUCAGGAACGCAACAGUGUGAACCUCUCAUUGCGAAAAGCGAUGUCGUGCUGCUAGCAUGUGCGUCAGAGACUGUCGCGUAAAUCUGUAGGCUAAUACAGCUAAGAGGAAGAGUUUAGAACUUGAUAACUGCAUUCUCAAGAAUAGAAAAAAAAACUGCGUGCCCGAUAGAACACAACGACUUCGACAGAAAAU